GUUUAGGGACCGGGAUGAGACAACUGAACAAAUUGUAGGACCUAAACGAGUGAUUUGCAAGUUUAGGGACCAGAAUAACAUAAUCGAAUAAGUUUGAGGAACUGAACGGUUGAUUUGCGAGUUUAGGGACCAGGAUGACACAACGGUACAAGCUUAGGGACCGGUGAUGGACUUUACUUUUUUUUUUUUAUUUAUUAACGAUAUUGUAGAGUUGGCGGCGAUCGACCGAGGCACCGCCCAAAACCUUCCCCAUCUUCCUCCCGCGCCGCCGUCGCCGCCGCUUCCUCCCCAACUCCCCACAGAAGACCUCCCGGACUCACUCGCCUGCAUCCCUUCGAAGCGCUGCGCGCGCGCGGCCGUGUCCGCCGGCGCCGCCGGCAAUGAACCUCUCGGACGACUGGCGCUUCCUCUUCCCCGUCUCCUCCGUCUUCGCGCCGCCGUCCCUCGCCACGUCCUCCGCCGCCGCCGCAUCAUACGGGCCCCUCCUCUUCUCCCCGCUCCCGCCGCACGCCACGCUCCUCGCCCUCCCUUCCCCCUUCCAGCCGCCGCACCCCUCCCGGCGCGGCCUCCGCCACCUCCUCCGCCACUUCGUCCGCUCCACCUCCUUCCUCCCCUUCGCCGACCUCGACCCCCUCUCGGGGGCGCUGCUCACCGCGCCGUCCCCGCCCUUCCCGGCGCCCUCCAACCUGCUCGCCGUCCUCCGCGCCCCCUCCUCCUCGCGGUCCCUCGUCGUCUUCUUCCCUUCCGGCGAGAACGCGGAGCAGGUCUCCUACGUUACCCUCGACCCCGUCGCCGACCCCACCACGCCGCUCUCCCACUCCGUGCAGAGCGAUGGGUUCAUGCACCCCAGGCACCGCAUCCAGCAGCUUGCCACCACGGCGUCCUGGUCCUCGUGGCCGUCGCGGUCACGCGACAGCUCUAUCGAGGGGUUUCUUCUUGCUGCGACGUUGUACUCGGUGAAUUGGUUCAAGGUUGAGUCGCGGGGUUCUGGCUCCCCCGCGCUCGUGCCCGCGGCCAAGCAGGCGUUCGACGCUGCUGUUGUGCACGCGUGCUGGAGCAAGCAUUUGCAGUCGGAGUGUGUAGUGCUGCUGGAAAAUGGGCAGCUGUGCUGGUUCGAUCUGGAUACACGGCGUGGAGGCAAGAUGAAGGUUGGUUUUGGCAGCAAGGAUGACCUGGGGGACUGGCUAAGCUGCGAGUACGGGGCGCAACCGUGGACAGUGAUCGUUGCGAGCACGGCGGCCAUCCUUUUGGUUGAUAUGAGAUUUGGGGAUCAUGGUGAAUACAAGGUUUUAGCAAGAGUUGGGAUGGAAGGGUUGUUUGAAACUGAUCCUUUUGUCAAGACUCAAUGUUACCUUGCAUUCUGCAAGGCUCCGUUUGAUGAUUUUCUUAUAUCGGUGGUGACAGAGCGUCACCUGAUGGUCUUUGAUAUCAGACGGCCUUUGAUACCCGUGUUGGCUUGGCAGCAUGGGCUUGAUAACCCAAAUCAUAUUGCUAUGUUUCGAUUAUCUGAACUGAGGCCUUCUAAGGAGCAUGAGUGGGCAUCAAAUUCAGGCUUUGCCAUUCUGGUUGGUUCACUAUGGAGCACUGAAUUUAAUCUAUUCUUUUGUGGCCCUAAGGAGCAAGACGCUACAGAAAAUGCUCCCCUAUAUGCUUGGGAUCUUCCAUCACGGAUUUCUUUGAUAGGUCAGCACUGCAGCUGCAGCAUUGGACUUAUGGAAGAGGUGUUCAAGGGGGUCGUUCCAGGACAUGGCUCUGCAUCUCAACUAAUUAGGAACUACAUCAUUGGUUACCACGUGCUUCCGAACACAAUGUUGGAGUCAUCAUUCACUGGCUUUGCUUUGAUCCGUUUAACAUCAUCGGGGAAGUUAGAGAUGCAAAGGUUCCGUGCCUCUGGAGAUUUACAUGAUGAUGCCAUUUGUGAUGAAUCACAACAUAAGUCUGUGGGUUCUAGCUCAUCCAUUUCUCUUGACACUCACGGAGAAAAUUUUUCUGAAAGAUAUGAGUUUCUGAAGUUGCAUUACCUAUCUAAAUUUCUGAAGGGCAAUCUGCGCAGCUCAUUGGAGAAUCAUGAUUCUGAUGUCAACAAACGUUCCCGCCAUAUUAUUAUUAGUGAAGAUGUAUCAGUAUUUGCAAAGGAUAACUCUGCGUCUUGUUCUCAGUCAGUUUCAGAUUUCCUAUGCAAUGCUAGUGCGCCCAUGAACAUUUUCGAAAUUGCAUGUCAAAGCAUAUUGAGCAGACUAUCUUCAGAUAUCCUUCUUGUUGCCUUCUCCAAAUACAAGGACAUGCUUGCAAGCACCAAUAAAAAGCGCAUAUAUGAAUAUCUGGAAGUUCCUGCAUGUUUCCCAAAUAGUAAUAAACUUCGGCCUUACCUGUUGGCAAAAUCUUCAAGCAUUAGUUGGAAUCUGACGAGCAAAGCAAAAUCUGGAAAUUCUCUUGUUGGUCCAGUACUCCCCAUACCUGUUCUGCUCGCGAUGGAAGAUAGCAACAAGGGUAUAGACAGCCCUUCUCGGGAAGAUUCCAGCUCAGUAAGCCAUCGGUGCAGAGAAGUUAUUGAAGCCUUUGUUCCUGAAAUAUCAAUUGCUAAUACAGAUAACUGUAAUGGAUGGUCUGCUUCACAAGAGGUGAAAGAUGAUAAACCAUAUUUUGUUUAUGAGCCUCAGACUGAUAGGCCCACUCUUGAUGAGGCUGCUAGAAAGAAGGAUAAACAAACACAGAAGCUAGAUGACCCUUCAUGUUUGCAUGCUCCUACAGCACCACCUAUGGAUGAAAACUUUAUGACAUUUGUUUGUGGAAGAGCUGGAAUUCCUCAUUCUGGACCUGAGCAAGCUGCAUCCAAUUUGUUUGAUUUCAGCCCAGUGAGGAUGAAAUUUGAGUCUCCAGCUAUAGACAUACAGCCUGCUGAGGAAAAAGUAUAUAAAUGCUUGAAGAAGCAAUUUUUAGCAUGGCAAAACGAUUUCAAGCCAUACCAAGACUUUUGUAACUCAUAUCAAAUACAAAAGCCACCGCAGUAGGCCUUUGCUUAUGCUGAUACUUGUAAUAUUGCAUUAGAAAGACUUGGGUUUCGGGAAAGUAUUUCUUUCCUGAUCUGGAGUAUGCCCCUAUAUUUGCAUAUUAUCAUUUUGGGUAUUUGGAUCAGGUAGGAUGAACCCACUUGACUUUUGAAUCAUUUUGUAAGCUUUAGCUAACAUCUUGCAAUGCUUUAUGGUUUCAAUUUGAAGCUAGUUC